UGAAUUGGAUAUGGCUGUGGAAGAGGCGAUUGAUCGAUUGCUAGGGCAGUGGCGGCAGCAGGCGGCGGUACCUCGGCCGAUCCAUCGGCGACAUCAUGUACCCCCGGACCAUGAGAUAGCGCAAGCCGUGGAGACAGUUCUCCGUCAAUCAGACCCCAAAGCCGUCACUUCUCUCAACGGCGUCGUGCAGCGCCUGGAGGCCAAGCUAGGGCUGAGCCUCGCGCACAAAUCUGACGUCAUCAGAGACCAGAUCACCUUCCUCCUCCGCUCCCACCCCGUUUCCAGAGAACACCUGCCCCCUCAACCCCAUCCAUUUCCACAACCCCCUCAUUUCGCUCUCCACCACCAAACUCACCCCGCCUACACGCAAUCGCCGCCGAAAGAAGAGAAUGCGGCAGCAAAUGCUUCUGAAACGCACAAAGGAAGAGCUCCAGCAGGAACCAAAAGAAGGGAUGGUCCGGGAGGUCUAAACAAACUAUGUGGUGUUUCACCUAAACUUCAGGCCAUUGUUGGGCAGCCGGAAUUGCCAAGGACGGAGAUAGUGAAGCAGCUGUGGGCGUAUAUUAGGAAGCACAACCUUCAGGAUCCAGAGAACAAGAGAAAGAUUAUCUGUGAUGAUGCUCUGCGAUUGGUUUUUGAGACAGACUGCACUGACAUGUUCAAGAUGAAUAAGCUGUUGGCAAAGCACAUUUUGCGACUUGAUCCAGCAAAAGAACCAGUUCAAUCCAAGAAAUCGAAACUUGAAGAUGAUUCUACUAAGCAAAGUUUUGAUCCCAGUCUUCUUCCUGUGGCGAUAUCAGAUGAACUAGCUAAAUUUUUUGGAACUGGGGAAAAAGAGAUGCUUCGGUCGGAGGCCUUGGGUCGUGUCUGGGAGUACAUAAAAGCUGACCAACUAGAGGAUCCACUGAGUUCUAUGGUUAUUCACUGCGAUGGGAAGCUUCAAGAGCUUUUAGGGUGUGAAAGCAUUUCUGCUUUGGGAAUUCAGGAGAUGCUUUUACGCCAUCAUUUGCCGAAGCAGUGUUAAUGUUUUCUUUUAUGUGAAUGUUUUGCAGGGAUCUUGAUGCUGUAGCUUGCUAGUUGAUUAUGAUGACAUGACUGAUGCUGAUGGAGAUGUAGUUCUAGUUUCUUUUGACUUGUCUAAUGUUUAGAUGCUAUGGUGUCACUCACAGGUAGUGACUAAGAUCCGUGUGCAUCCUAGUUACCCUGGAUGUGGGCUAUAAUUGUUUUGUAAUUAUGCUGCCGUAGCUUGUUUAGGGUGUUUUUUCUUUUCUCUGGCUUCACCUCUACCGCCGUUGUAACGGAUAGGAUGAAAUAGAUAGUACGAGACUUGACUGUGAACACCUUAUGAUUGGUGUACAGAUGCCUCUUGUAUGGCAAAGAUAUGUAGUAUCCUGCAAGUUCCAAUGCCCUCUUUUCUUGUGAUGAAAUAUAUGCUCGAUGCUAUACAAAGAUA